CGCGGGAACCAGUCUGACCUGCCAGGCAGCAACAGAGUGAACGAGUGACGUCAGUGCUAGCAGAGUUAGCAGCUAGCAGGGUAGCUAACGCUAUCUGGUGUCUGUGGUGUUACUGGUGGAGGAGGAGAUUAAUGUCUGAUAUAGAGCACUAUUACACAUUAUAUCACAUUUUAUUAUAGAGUUAGACAUCCAGGUAAUUAAACUAUGCCCAGCAAAAAGAAGAAAUACAACGCCAGAUUCCCUCCGGCAAGGAUUAAGAAGAUUAUGCAGACAGAUGAAGAAAUAGGCAAAGUGGCUGCAGCAGUACCUGUUAUUAUUUCGAGAGCCCUGGAGCUUUUUUUGGAAUCAUUGCUUACAAAGGCCUGUCAAGUCACCCAGUCGAGGAACGCAAAAACGAUGACAACAUCACAUCUAAAGCAGUGUAUCGAGCUGGAGCAACAGUUUGAUUUCUUGAAAGACCUGGUGGCAACGGUGCCGGACAUGCAGGGCGAAGGCGAAGAGAACCACACCGAGGGGGGAGGAGAAAAAGUCCCACGCAGGGGUAGAAAACCAGGGUCUGGCCGGAAGAAUGGGGGAGCUGGCUCCAAAGGCAAGGACAAGAAGUUGUCUGGCACAGAGUCGGAGCAAGAGGAUGACUCUGAAGACAGCGAGACAGACGGGGACGAGGAGGACGGCUCUCAGUCAAGCACAAACCUGCAGGCUACAUCCAGGUUCCACAGCUCAGACGCACCCCCGCAGUACAUGCCCAUGGGCAGCAUGGCCUCGAUGGGCGGCAUGGCUCCCUCACAGCCCCAGGGCGCCAUCUCCUUCGCCCCCCACCCCUCCAUGAUCAGCGUCGCACCACCUCCCCCAGCCCCGGAGCCGCACAAAAACGAGGAGGACGACGACGACGACGAAGACUACGACUCUUAGCUCCCCCCCAACUCGCAUAUUACGCACACAUGCACACACACACGCAGACACACACACACACACUCUUCCAACAUUAUUUUUCGAUUUCUUAAGUUGUUCCUGCGGCGGGAAAGACUCUUCGUCGCGGCCCCCGCCCGCUGACAGCGAAGCCCCUCGGCAGCCGGCUGCAAAGAGACGCCGCCGCCGCGGGAAAACUGGUUGUAUAUUAUGUGUUUUAAUUUUAAUUUUUUUUUAAAAAAAAGAAGAAGGUUUUUAUUUUAUUGUCGAGGAGAAUCCAACGAGGAUGUUUUUUAACAAGUUCUAUUUUGACUAUUAAAGAUGGCAGUCGUCACUGUCUAUGCCAUGAGCCCCCCCGCAGACAGGAUAGGUGUGGUAGCUUUUUUCUUUUGGCACUUUUCUUUCUUCCUCAUCCUCCGUAGUAAACGUUAAAAAAAUCACGGUUGGCUAAAAACAAUUCUGUACGUAGUAGUUUAAAGCAUUAAUAUACUCAGCUAGAGUUUGAUUGGCUCUGAGAGAACUGCUGUUAAGAUGUGUACUUCCCGGCUUUGUCACAACUUGCUAGUCAGUCCAAUUGUCAGGCUGCAACAUAAACAAGGAAGCAGGUGUAUUUUUACUAUAGGUUAGCCACAGCUUUUUUUUUCUAUUUUUAAUUCACGUUUUUAUCAAGAGAGCUCUAAUCCUCAGCCAUGAAGUCGACCAUAUCAGCAGGUUAAUGAUCUACAUUAUGUUCCUUGUUGUUUUUCACGCUGUCGGAGGUUAGUCGCUCCGGCAGUCGGACCCUUUUUUUUUUUUAUAAAUUCCCCUGAAUUGCCCAUCAGAAGAAUACUGUGACUCUCGGACCAUAACUUUGUUUUUAAAGUUGUUUGUCUCAUUUCUAUUCUGGCCUCCCCCCCUCCUCCACAAUUUUGAGUAACAUUUUUUCCCCCUCUUUUUAGAUUGUUUUAAAUGUAUACAUUGAAAACAGAGAUCCCCAUUUAUGUGUCAGUCUCAGUAUGAAAUGUUUCUGAAUAGACAGUUGACACUGUAUUGUAAACUUUUAACAUUCUUUUUAUUUUGUAUGGGUAAAAUAAAGUUCAUAUUUCAAUUAAAAAAA